GUGGGGAAAGGGACAUCUGGGGGGGGGUUGUCACGGGGACCUGAGCUGUCCCUGAAGGAGUGUCUGGGCCUUGGUCUGGGGUCCCUGAGACUGGCUGGUAGAGAUUGAAGGAGAUGGGGCCAGCGUGUCCCUGGGGAACCAGGGAGGGCUUCCUGGAGGGGGCGGCACUCAUCCUGGCCCCACCCUGGGGAGGAGAGAAUGCUGGUUUUGCAGUCAGGACACUGGGGACCUUUCCUGUCCCUGCUGUGGUCUGGGCAGGAGCCGUGGGCAGGCUCAGUGCUGGGCUGCAGUGUCCACAUGGGGACCAGCGGAGGCGACAGCCCUUCCCUGUGGGUGUGCCCGAGGAACAGAGGAACAGGCGGGGCAUGCCCGUGGAGCCUGUCCUCCUCCUGGUCCUACCUUCCCGCCCCAACAGCAGGUGUGUGGCUAUCCCCGCUGCAGCGGUCUGAGGCUCAGACGGACCCUCCUCCGCUGCUGGGCUGGUGCCAUGGCCCUGGGCCCCUGGGCCCUCUUGCUGCUCCUAGCCGUGCUGGGUGUCUCCCAUGGAGUUCUGCAGCCAGGGUGUGGCCGGCCUCAGGUCUUGCACUCGGGGAGCAGAAUCGUGGGGGGACACGCUGCCCGCGCUGGCGCAUGGCCCUGGCAGGCCAGCCUCCGUCUGCGGAGAGUGCACGUGUGCGGGGGGGCCCUGCUCAGCCCCCAGUGGGUGCUCACGGCUGCUCACUGCUUCUCCGGCCCCCACCCCCUCCCGAUUUUCCCGCCAGGUCCCUGAACUCAUCCGACUACCAGGUGCACCUGGGAGAGCUCAGGGUCACGCUGUCCCCCCGCUUCUCCACCGUGGGGCGGAUCAUCCUGUACUCCAGCCCCCCAGGGCCGCCGGGCUCCAGCGGGGACAUCGCGCUGGUGCAGCUGGGCGCCCCCGUGACCCUCUCCGGUCAGGUGCUGCCCGUGUGCCUGCCAGAGGCCUCGGCCGACUUCCGCCCGGGCACACGGUGCUGGGUGACCGGCUGGGGCUACACGCGGGAGGGAGAGCCCCUGCGGCCCCCCUACAGCCUGCAGGAGGCGGAAGUCUCCGUGGUGGAUACAGACACCUGCCGCCGGGACUACGCCAGCCCAGGGGGCGGCUCGGUCCAGCCCGACAUGCUGUGCGCCCAAGGCCCUGGGGACGCCUGCCAGGACGACUCCGGAGGGCCCCUGGUCUGCCAGAUGGACGGAUACUGGCUGCAGGCCGGCGUCGUGAGCUGGGGCGAGGGCUGCGGCCGCCCCGCCCGGCCCGGAGUCUACACCCGCGUCUCUGCCUACGUGGACUGGAUCCGCCGUCACAUCCCGGCCGCAGAGGGCUCGGGGUCUGCCGGCCCCAGGCUCCCCGCCCUGCCCAUCCUGGCGGGCUGCUUCCUCCCCGGACUCCUCCUCCUGCUGCUCUCCUGCACCCUGGUGGCCAAGCGCUCGCUGCGCCCAGCCUGGGUCGCCCCCCACAUGAUCCCUGGCCCUUGACCCCCACGGCAGCGACCCACAGAGUUUCUUAAAUAAGUUACUGUUUAUUCCGUGUGGCUCCCUCCCUCCCCUUGCCUCGAGUUUUCCACCUGGGGCUGUUGCCGCCACGUCCAACCUGAAUCACCCCGCAGUCAAACGCGGGCGCCCAGGGGAACCCUGAGGCUAGGCCCGGGACGGGCGUCUUAUUGCACAGGCUGCGGUCCUGAGUGACGCGGCCGCUGCCCAAUCACGGAUGUUUCCGCAACGUCCAGGGGGCGGGAGGGGAACGGUGGGGGAGGGAGAGUGAGGGGCGUGGCAGACGGACAAGCUCUCGGACGGUGAGUGAAGGUGCGGUGGCCUUGGGGGCCACGCCUGCUACCAGCCCGGCGCCAGGGCCCGGCGCGUGUUCCCUAUAGAAUCGUGGGCCGUGAGGAUAAGGACGGCGCGGUGCCUUCCUCCUCCUGGUGGGUUUCCGGUCCUCACCUCGGCGCCGCCUUUCACCCAGGACUCCUGACCCGCGGCCCCGCACAGCCUCGGGCCCAAACCCAA